UAUUUCCAUUUCUCUGCCUCUCUCUUUGUCAUCAUCAUAUCUUUAGCAAGCUCCCAUCAAAUAUAUAGUUCACCACCACAGUUUCCAUUUCCACAUCAAACUAUAAUCAUCAUCACACGCCUCUUCCACUUUCUUUUUUUCUGUCUCUCAAAAACAAAACAAAAAAAUUCUCAUCAAAAUGGAUCUUCAAGGAACAACACUAUGGUGGACUCAAAAUCAACCACAACAAACUAUGCUAUUAGUUGAACCAAUCCACCAUCCCCAACCACAAUGGUUCAAUUCUCAAACAUAUCCAAACACACCUCAUUUCAACACCAACGAAGAAAACGAAGACAAAGAUAACACCGCCAUAAAGUUAAUCGAAGACGAAAAAGAACCAAUGUUCGAAAAACCGUUAACACCGAGCGACGUUGGGAAACUAAACCGCCUAGUGAUCCCAAAACAACACGCGGAAAAAUACUUCCCACUCGGCGGCGGUGACUCGGGCGAGUGCAAGGGACUAUUACUGAGUUUCGAGGACGAGUCGGGGAAGUGUUGGCGAUUCCGUUACUCGUAUUGGAACAGUAGUCAAAGCUACGUGUUGACUAAAGGUUGGAGCCGUUAUGUUAAAGAUAAGCGUUUAGAUGCUGGCGACGUCGUUUUGUUUGAACGACACCGUGUUGAUAGUCAGAGGCUUUUUAUUAACUGGAGGAGAAGGAAGUUGAAUGGGAAUGAAACGGCGCAGGUUAGUAGGGGUAAGGUAAGUGAUGGGAAUGGAAAAAAUGAGGUUGCUGUUGGGUGGUCCAGAGGCUUCUAUCCUGCGCACCCUUAUCCUGCGCAUCACCUCUUACCUUACCAACAUGAUCACUGUCUUCAUGCAGGUAGAGGGUCCCCACAAGGUCAGAACCAAAGGACGAAACCGGUAGGAAACAACAGUUCAAGUUCUAGUUCAAGUCCAAGGGAACUUAGGUUAUUUGGGGUCACUAUGGUAUGCCAACCUGAACAUGAUUCAACACCACAAUGUUCCUCCUAUGAUAGUAACAAUAUGCCAUCAACACAGGGUACAGAUCAUACCCAACAUCUCUACCACUAUCAUCAACCUUCUUCUCAUAAUUCUAAUUCCAAUUCCCACUCUCACGUGGUACGUCACCAACCAUAUUAUUACUAGAUAUAUGUAAUGUAACCCGUCGAGGUUUUAUUCUCAAGUUACUUUUGCCAUUUUUUUUUAAUUAGGUGUAAGAUAUUUAACUAUGUAUCGACUUCAAUUUUAAUUGUGCCAAUUAAUUUAUGCAUUAAUAUUUUGAUUAACAUGAAAAGAAACUGUUGUUGGUCGACUA